AGAACGUUCGGGCUUUCUCGACUCCGUUCAGCUCAGGAUUGCUCCGAGCAAUUAUUAAGGUUGGCACAACUUGACGUUCCUUUGCGUGCACAACCACAGAUAAGACAAUUACGUGAAUUUUGAUAACCCUAAAUAGCCGAAAGGGAUAGGUCCAUUGAUUAGACAGGGACAACACGAUUCGGCCCUGAAUCGCUGUCAAACUUCGGUUUACUACGACGUUUCCUUUCUGUACGGUAGUACUACUUAUUACUUAUUCUGUACUUAUACCCAAUGAUAUUAUAUACCUAUAUACGAGCUAUAUAUCAUCUUAUACCCUCUAUUUUAUCCGCUAUACUCUAUUACACGCAAAUCCUGCUAAUACGUUAAAAGACAAUCCAGUUUUCCUGAAAUACAUAUUUCGUAAUACGAUUAUGCCACAUUUUUUAAGACGGCAUCAUCAUUUAUGCAUAACCCCCCAGGGCCCCUUGGGGUCUGACAAUAACGCACUUAAGAGCUCUGAAUAAUGGAGGGCCGUCUUUUAGUGGAGAUGGAAGUUUUUAGAAACGGGGAAUUACACGGGUAAUUUGGGUAGAAAUUAGGGUGAAAGUGGAUUUAAGUUAAAGCAUAAUAAACAUAGAUACCUAUUUAUCUUAAAACAUUUCUUCUAGGCCAUUGCCCUGUAGCAUAGAAGUUAUUACACACUUUUUUUGAGCUCUAAAAGCCAGUUCCCGGUCUGUAGAGCUACCCCAAAAUAUUAUUCGGUACCUUAAACUCGAUGUUACAAAGUCAUGGUAAGCGAUAAGCACUGCAGAUGGACUCACUCUUUUUUUUUAAUUAUAUACUUAAUUCCUAGGAAUAUUGGUUUAAUUUAACACCGCAAAAUAAUUGUGUUUGGUGUUGUUAGAAUUGUCUCGAUGAGUAUUAGAAAGUGUGGAAAAAAGUACAGUUUUCGUCAAAAACUUAUACUACAGUAAUGUUGUAUUUCCCUCUCCAGGCCAGCAAUGCACUAGCCACCAUGGACUCCCCCCUCUCCUCUCAAGACGAGCGCGACAUCGAAGUGAACGUCGUCUCCGGCGCCUCUAGCCCCGACAUCUCUCCUUCUAGAAGCACGCAGAAGAGCCCCUUCUACGAGCUAAAGAAGGACAAAGAAGAGAAAGCGACGGGAAGCGCGCCGUACACCAGCUUCUCUAUAAGUUCGAUAUUGAACAGAACAGAGCCGCGGAGAGAAAGUAAUGUGCUGGAGGCGGCGCUCGCGGCCAAUCAUUUUGGGAAUAAUGAUGCUAUGUUAUCAAGGUUGGGUCUGAUCACACAAUGGAGCGCCCUAGCCGGGCGGUACGGCCAACUGAUGCCCCCGUGGUACUGGCGGCCUCACGACAGAUCCCCACCACGAGAAGACAUCACGCACGAAGAAGGCUCAGCCGGUGGCUCUCCCCGCCCGCGCUCCCCACCCCGCGCACCCACCCCUCCAUCACCCUCCCGCUCUUCCCCCCGCUCUCCUCGCCUGCACCCAGCACUAUACCCUCAACAACAAGACCCUCAAGACUCAGACCCCGACGUCGACGAAAGCGACGACUUCGACAAAGACGAAAAGCGAGACCCAAACACCAACUUAGGAAAACGGAAGAAGAAAACCAGGACAGUCUUCUCACGAUCUCAAGUAUUCCAGCUCGAAUCAACCUUUGAUAUGAAAAGGUAUUUGAGCAGUUCUGAACGCGCCGGCUUAGCCGCGAGUCUACACUUGACAGAAACGCAAGUGAAAAUCUGGUUUCAGAACAGACGUAAUAAGUGGAAGAGGCAGUUAGCUGCCGAGUUAGAGGCGGCUAACAUGGCGCAUGCAGCGCAGCGUUUGGUGCGCGUUCCGAUAUUGUACCAUGAGUCGAGGCCGUCGGGGAUGCCACAUACGCCAUUGCCGAUGCACCCGCAGUUUUCGAACGAGCCGGGAGUUUACUUCCCUCAGCAGCCGCCGCAGCCUCUGCAGCCGUUGCCAGCCUCGCCGGUGACGUCGCGUGCGCCGUUGAGCAGCCUAGUGUAGUGUCAGGUGACGGCCGUACGGGCCGAACAGUUUUUGAGUGAUACACCCGGUUCCUAAACAAGUGAAGUAAACGUUGGAGAAAUGUCAUGUUCUUCUAUACAAAGUAACGCUAUACGGCUUCAAUGAGAAUUAACGCUAUAGGAGCUAAUCAGACGUACUUUAGAAUCUCGUCAGAGUUGAACCCAAAUCGACUGCACACGCUCGAUUGUGUAUUUGUACAAUAUAAAAUCCUGCAUUGUAUUUAAUGCCUGACAUAGUAUUAUCAGGUAAGUGAAACUAAAACAUUUCAGUUGAUAAUUUUUAUGGAAUAUUUCAAAUGAGUUUAAAAAUUCAUAACUCGUCAAUGUCUGUGAAGAACAUUUUUGCAUAUAAAAUUACACCUAUAUUUAAAAAGUGGUUGACAGUUUUAGGGACUCGGAGUGUUAAAUCAGACGGACUAGUCAUAUCAUGAAUGUCAAAUGCCAAAUCGUUAAUGUGACAUAUAUGUAUAGGUAUUGUAAGCUAGAUUAUGUCUUUUAAAUGCCUAUUUAUGAAAACUUUCAAGUGCAGUGAGGGGACGAGUGGCUCGCGACUUGUUGUAUGGAUAGUCGAGUUACUUGACCGCUUACUGACCUGCUGCAAACGAGGCUUAGCACUGUUGUCAAAAUUGUCAAAUUGAUUUAAAAUAUAAUAUCAUGUUAUGCA